AUGCAGGCAGAGCAUGUCCGCAAGGCAAAGGAGGCCGCUGAGGAGCUCCGUUUGAGGACAUGCCACAUCGCCGGCCUGGCAGAGGACACAGAUCCUGAAUCCAUCAGGAAGCUGUGCGAAGGCUGGGGCGAGGUGGAAACCCUGAGGAUAGACAAGGACGCAGACGGUCAAACCUUCGGCCUCGUUGAGUUCAAGGAGACCAAGGUUGCUCAUGUUGUAAAGAUGCAGCGGUCUUUCCUUGUGGAUGACGACCGGGUGCUCGUGUUCACAGAGGCGAAGUCUCAUGUGGACAAUGCCAAGGUUGAAGAGAUGACUGUGCAGUUCCAGGCGCCGAUCAUCGAUGCCAUGAACAUGCGCUCAGUGUUGGCGUCGCAAGUCCCCUUCGCGGAGAAGUUGGCCAAGGUCAAAGCAGCCGCGACGGAGAUCUUGACCGCCCCACCCAGCGAAGGCGAGGCCAAAGUGCCUUCCGACGAAGCCAAGAAGGACAAAAAAGAGAAGAAGAAAGACAAAAAGGACAAAAAAGAAAAGAAAGACAAAAAGCUGAAGAAAGACCGCGACGGAGGUGAAGGCAAAGAGAAGAAGGAGAAGAAGAAGGAUAAGGAGAAAAGGAAAGAGAAAAAGAAAGAGAAGAAGGAGAAGCAGAGCCAACUGCCGAAGCGACCAAAGCCUGAAGCAGACGCAGCAGAGGCUGAAACCUUCAUCGAGGAGGAGGAAGAGGAGGAGAUGGUUGACAUUGACGAGGAGGUAGAGGUGCUGGCCGAAGGGGAGGUUGUGGGACUCAUGGGCAGCUCCUCGUCCUCGUCCAGCGACACAGAUUACGGCGCUGACGCGCUGGUCGAGCUGCCAAUGGACGUGUCGGCACCAGAUGAAGUCAGCGACGGCGACGACGUCGUCUGCGACGCCCCGACACCCUUGCGGCCACUGAAGGGCAAAGGCAAAGGUAAGGGCAAGGCACAGAAUUCAGAUGGGCUUGGGCUUGCGUGCAUUUCAAACUCACGAAUAUGGCUUGGGGGGCCAGAGCGUCUUUGUCCGAAGCGCCUGACGAAGCAGCCAGAUUCGAGAUGA